AUGGCGAUGCUACGAGCCACCGGAACAGCCAUCAGAGCCUGUGCUUCCUCUUCGGGAUACUUUGCUCGUCACUUUCACGCAUCUUCUGGUGAUACCAAAAAGAUCGUUGGAGUGUUCUACAAGGCCAACGAAUACGCUAAGAACCCUAACUUCCUUGGCUGCGUCGAGAAUGCCUUAGGAAUCCGCAACUGGCUUGAAUCACAAGGUCAUCAGUACAUCGUCACCGAUGACAAAGAAGGCCCUGACUGUGAACUAGAGAAACAUAUCCCGGAUCUUGAAGUCCUAAUAUCAACUCCUUUCCACCCGGCGUAUGUGACUGCUGAAAGAAUCAAGAAAGCCAAGAACCUGAAGCUUCUCCUCACGGCUGGUAUUGGCUCCGACCACGUCGACUUGCAUGCAGCUGCGGCUGCUGGCCUGACGGUGGCUGAGGUCACUGGAAGCAACGUGGUCUCGGUAGCAGAAGACGAGCUCAUGAGAAUCCUAAUCCUCAUGCGCAACUUCGUACCGGGGUACAACCAGGUCGUCAAUGGUGAGUGGAACGUCGCAGACAUUUCGCAUAGAGCUUAUGAUCUAGAAGGUAAGACGAUAGGAACCGUGGGAGCUGGAAGGAUCGGAAGGCUUUUGCUACAGCGGUUGAAGCCAUUCGGGUGCAACUUAUUGUACCAUGACCGGCUUAAGAUGGAAUCGGAGCUGGAGAAAGAGAUUGGAGCUACGCACGUUGAAGAUCUGACUGAAAUGCUUCCUCAGUGUGAUGUCAUAGUCGUGAACAUGCCUCUCACGGAGAAAACAAAGGGAAUGUUCAACGGAGAGAUGAUAGGGAAGAUGAAGAGAGGUGUUUUGAUAGUGAACAACGCAAGAGGAGCCAUCAUGGAGAGGUAA